AUGGACGACGCCUGGGACGCCUCAGACGUCGGGCCCGCCGCCCAACUUCGAGAUACGACCCGGCACGACGAUGGCCUCGGCGCCACCGACACGGCCCCUUCGAUAUGCCGAAUAUGUCGUGGAGAGGGCACGCAGGCCGAGCCGCUCUUCUACCCGUGCAAGUGCAGCGGCAGCAUCAAGUAUGUUCACCAGGACUGCUUGAUGGAGUGGCUCUCGCACUCCCAGAAAAAGUACUGCGAGCUGUGCAAGACGCCGUUCCGAUUCACAAAGCUCUACGCACCAGACAUGCCGCAGUCGCUGCCCGUGCACAUCUUCGUCGAGCACAUGGCCAAGUACCUGUUCCGCAACUUUUUGGUCUGGCUGCGGGCAGCCGUGGCCAUAAGCGUCUGGGUCUUUUGGCUUCCCUACUUCAUGAGGGCCGUCUGGUCCUUCAUGUUCUGGGUCAGUGACGAGGGCCCGGGUGCUGGUUCCAUCAUGUCGCGCAUCAACGAGACCAACAACACCAUGUCUAAUAUUCCUUCGUCUAUUCUGGCUAUUGGCACCUGUCCCGCCAGCCCUCUACUUGCUGCCACCACCACGUCAGCGGCUGAGGUCGAAGCUGUAGUCGGGCAGCUCCAGGGCAAGGAAGUUUCCGAUUACUUGGUGCGAUUCUUACUCGGCUCAUUCACCUCUCCCUUGCUGGCCUCAGAUGCUGAGCUUGGACAGAUGUCCAAUGCAUCUGCAGCACCAGGCAACGCUAGUCAAUCAUUCGUUACUACGACCCUCCUCGGCAAUGUCGCAUUCAUUGGCAACCUAACGAGAAGUGCCAGCUUGAACCGUGCCAUUGUAUCUGUGUUGGAAGGGCAGGUCAUUACCGUUCUGGUAAUAAUCUCCUUCAUUCUCAUCAUACUUGUUAGAGACUAUGUGGUUCAACAACAGCCAGAAAUCAAUAUGAGAGCCGCCUUUGCCGCACCGGAAAAUGACUUCCCGAUUGCUGUACCAGAGAUUGUUCAGCCAGAACACUUGCCGGCAAACCCAGAACCCACCGAUUCGGACGAGGAAACCCUGGAGGACAGCGAUCAGGCGGGUGCCCAAGACUGGCGAUUGAUCCCAGCGGACCCGCUCGCGGCUGCUGACGAGCAGCCAUUGACUCCGGAUUCCUCGAAUCAUUCCCUGCUAGACCAUGAACCGUACCCCACUUCCAGUACCAACACGUCGUUACAGAACGACCAACUGAAUUCCCAGGCACGUGAAGGUGCUGAUGAUGGGGAUGCUGCGGAAGAACGAGCCACUGUCGAAGACUAUCUGCGAAUUUACCGCCGCGCAAAUGGAGAUCUCCAAGACAUAUUACGAAUCAUCGAGGAGGAAGGGCUCCAAGAGAAGCUCAAAUACUGGGUCGAGGUUACUAGGCGAUCGACUAUGGACAAUGCUAACCGUCACGCCGCAAGCGAGGCUACAAGUGAGCCUGUCGCGGAGGAAGAGGAACAGCACGAGCAAGAUCUUGGUUCGGAUCAUGACACCCUCCCAUCUCCAUCCACAUGGAAAGGAAAAGAACCGGCUUGGUCUCCGGAACCUGAAGACGUCGAUAUGUCGGGCCCGGCUGCUGACUUGGAGGAUGAUCUAUAUGAUAUUGCCACCAGACCUCGUUCAAUGUCUGACGGCUUCCAAGAGCAACGAUUCGUUAAUCCGCUGGCCAACAACUCAUGGUCCUUUGAUGCACUUCCUACAGAUGACGACCACGAUGAAGUAUCUCAAAUCCUUCCCGUCAUCCAAGAGCAGCCCGGACAGGAUCUUGGCGAUAUGCAGCCAACCCAUAAUGACGACAGCCAUCUCAACAGAGAAAACUAUCGGCGCCUUCCGGAGAGGGAUAUCCACCAACACCAACCCGUCAGAGAAGUCUACCAACGCUACCCUGUACAUAGAGAAGUGUAUCAGCGCCAUCCGGAUCCAGAAGAUAGAGACGCCCACCACUUGGAUGCUGAAUUCGAAGCUCAACCGCCUCACAUAAACGGUGCGGCCGGGGAAGCCGCUGCCAACGGUGGUGAUGUCCCAGCCGGUGGCCUCGUCGACAGAGUUGCCGACUUCAUGUGGGGCAAUUUGAAUGAGCAGGAUGCUGCAGAAGCCGGCCCUGUUGCUGACGCUGCCGUUGAACAAGCAGCCAUCGCCGCCGAGAGAGCUGCUGCUAUACGAGCUGUUGCUGAGCAAGCGGCUGAAAAUGACGACCUCUGGGCGGGGGCUAACGCCGAGGAUGGUGAUGGGGUUCCCGCCGACGGCAACGCUGCUGGAUUCGAUCCCGAGGCAAUCGACGACUUGGAAGAUUUCGAGGGAGUCAUGGAACUCAUUGGCAUGCGUGGCCCUAUUGCAGGGCUUUUCCAAAACGCCAUAUUCUGCGCCGUGCUUGUGUCUGUCACCAUCUUUGCUUGCAUUUUCCUCCCCUACAACAUUGGACGUGUCUCGGUCUGGCUCCUUGCAAGCCCCAUGCGAGUUGUUCGCUUGCUCUUCGAGCUCUCCAAGUUGCUACAGGAUGCCACUUUCCUGGUCGCUGGACUUGGCUCUUGGGGCGCGCUGAACAUUGUCGAGAUGCUCGUAACCGUCGUGGGCGCCUCCGCUAAAGCCCAUGUCGUUUCGGCUAGGAAAAUGUCUUGGGGCUUAUGGACAGGCGCUGCUACCAGAUUAUCUACGUGCCUCUUCAUAGACUUUUUCCCCAUGACGACAACGGAAAUUCACAACUUUUCGGCAGUGAGCCACGACGCACUCAACACCGUCAAGUCAAACAUCUUGGCUGUGUUCUAUAACCUCAAGGAUAGCCUGAGUAUGGCCCGCGAUAUGGGUUUCGACAAGAUCCUGUCAACGACAACGACGGUGGUUGGUUCCACCUCCGAGACGCUUGUCAAGCUUUCAUCCCAGCUUAUGAAGCCCAGUUCGUGGGUGAUUGAUCUGAGCUUGGCCGAAGAGUGGCCUGCAGUCGAUCCGCAGUUGGCACAUUGGUCAAGCUUGGACAGAUUUUGGGCAAUUCUCGCCGGCUACACCACCGUGUUUCUGAUUGGUGCGUUGUAUCUGAAAAAGGGAAGCCCGUUCUCGAGGGGCACGACGAUGCAUGCAUGGGAGGCCGGUGUCAUCGACUUUCUCCAGCAGGCCAGCGGCAUCAUCAAAGUGAUACUCAUCAUAAGCAUCGAAAUGCUCGUCUUUCCUCUUUACUGCGGUCUGCUUCUCGACGCCGCCCUGCUGCCACUUUUCGAGGGCACCACGCUGACGAGCCGGAUCGUCUUCACUUGCAAGUAUCCGAUGACGUCGGUAUUUGUGCACUGGUUCGUAGGCACCGGCUACAUGUUUCACUUUGCCCUCUUCGUUUCCAUGUGCCGGAAGAUAAUGCGACCAGGCGUUUUGUACUUCAUCCGAGAUCCUGACGACCCCGAGUUUCACCCCGUCCGAGAUGUACUGGAGAGAAAUCUCACAACUCAACUGAGGAAGAUUCUCUUCUCUGCUUUCGUGUACGGAGCUCUCGUGAUUGUGUGUCUCGGUGGUGUUGUGUGGGGCCUGUCAUUUGCCAUGCCAGGCGUGCUCCCCAUUCACUACUCUUCCAACGAGCCAGUAUUGGAAUUUCCAGUCGAUUUGCUCUUUUACAACUUCCUCAUGCCCCUUGCCGUCAAAUUCUUCAAGCCCAGCGACGCGCUCCACACCAUGUACACUUGGUGGUUCCGCAGAUGUGCACGAGCUCUCAGGCUGACAUAUUUCCUGUUUGGGGAGAGAAGAAUUGACGAGGAAGGAGUUUUGCAGCUUCGUCCUGGAACUACGGCUGGCAGGCUCCCUCAGACGGGUUUCCUGCUCGAGCUCGGUGAGGGGAACGAAAUUGUACCUAAGACUUGGCGAGAUACCUUUGAGGGUGGCGAUUUGAAGCCAAACACGACCAUGAACUCCGAACAAAGGAGAGACCUCCGCCGCAGAAAGGCUCAGCUCGUCGAUUCCCAGCAGCUUGUCAAGGAUGGUCGAUUUGUCCGGGCCCCCGCAUCGGAUCGUAUCAAGAUUCCCAAGGGGCAGAAGAUUUUUCUGACAGUGAGCGAGCGCAACCACCGCCGAGAUGGCCGGUCGGACGACGAUCUCUAUGCUUCAGACCAGUACCUUAUGGUCUACGUGCCUCCCAACUUCCGCGCAAGAGUCUUUUUAUUCAUUCUCUUCAUCUGGCUUUUCGCCUCGGUCACCGGUGUGGGCUUCACCAUUAUCCCCCUGGUUUUUGGCAGACGAAUUUUCAAGGAGCUGAUACCACACUACAUCCGAACGAACGACAUCUACGCCUUCAGCAUUGGCGUGUUCUUGCUCGGCUCAGUUGCCUAUUCGAUAUUCCACUACCACGUCAUUAAGGAGACGGUUCAGAAGUGGACUGAGCAGGCACGCCGCGACUUGUUUGAGGGCAAGGCUGUGGGACGAGGAGCCAUGAUUGGCCUCCGCCUGGCUAAGCUUUUUUACGUUUACUUUGCGCUUUUGAUUGUGUUCCCACUGCUUACCUCGCUGCUGAUGGAGCUAUAUGUCACCAUCCCACUGCACACGUACAUGUAUCCUCCUGCGGCGAUUUCGACUCUAAAGGACCAGGCAGUGGAUCGCCACACGGUGCGUGUCAUUCAGUCGUGGGUUCUGGGACUGCUCUAUCUCAAGUUGGGAAGUCGAUUGAUUACUUCGCUGUUCCCGGAUAGCCGCGCCGCUACCGCAGUUCGUUCCAUCAUGCGCCGCGGGUGGCUGCGUCCCGACGUGCGCCUUCUGACGCGAGCUUUUGUUAUCCCAGGCCUGAUGGCAUCUACUGUGGCUAUUUUCGGGCCACCCAUGAUGGCGGGAUUCGUUAUCAAGCACGGUGGCCUCGGCGGAGGCGCUGUGGUCGAGGAUGCCGCCGAGGCAGUAAGGCUGACGGUGCUCUACAGACAGUCUUAUCCUGCGGCAGCGUUUGCCGCCAUACUCGCCAAGCACGCGGUCGGUCUUGUCAAGGUGACGAACCGGUGGACGGCGGGCGUUAGGGAUGAGGCGUAUUUGAUUGGUGAACGCCUGCACAACUUUGGGUCCAGGGCAUCUGGGACAAAGAGAUCUAGCAGGACCCAGCGGUAA